AUGAAUACCCAUGUAGACAUUCUAAGCGACUCGAAGAGCGAUGAUAAAAAGAAAACAUCUGACGAGGGGGAAGAAAAGCAGCUUGACAUAUUAUAUUCCGUGGACGAGAUUCCACCCUGGUACCUUUGCUUAUUUCUGGGAUUUCAGCAAUUCCUGACUGCAUUUGGUGCAACAUUUGCUUACCCGGUCAUCAUUAAAAGCGCCAUUUGUAUUGAUGGGGAUGACGUGGGUCUUGGCGAGCUCAUCAGCACAGUCAUUUUUGUGUCUGGAUUAUCUACCCUACUUCAAUGCACUCUCGGAGUCAGACUACCCAUCAUCCAGAGCGUCAGUUACUCUUUCAUCACGCCGACCUUCGUUCUGAUGAGCCUCAAGCAAGACAAAUGUCCUUUUCUUGGAAAUAACG